UCGCCGCACCGCCGCACCCGGUACACGAGCAGCGAGGGAGGAGAGUACCGCAAGUGUACAACGCGUGUGUGGUGGGAUCGGAACAACAGGAGAUGGCGUCUAGACGGAGAGCGCUGCUCAAGAUAAUCAUCCUAGGGGACAGUGGGGUCGGGAAGACGUCACUCAUGAACCAGUAUGUCAACAAGCGUUUUUCCAACCAGUACAAGGCGACCAUUGGGGCGGACUUCCUGACGAAGGAUACGGUUAUCGACGACAAGCUCGUCACCCUCCAGAUCUGGGACACGGCGGGGCAGGAGCGGUUUCAGAGCCUUGGAGUGGCGUUUUACCGGGGGGCGGAGGCGUGUGUAUUGGUGUAUGAUAUAACCAACCCGAAGUCGUUCGAGCAGCUAGACAGCUGGCGCGAAGAGUUCUUGCAUCAGGCGGCCCCGAUGGACCCGGAUAAUUUUCCGUUUGUGCUGAUCGGUAACAAGGUGGACCGAGAGUCGGAGCGUAGGGUUAGCCGCCAGCGAGCGUUGCAGUGGUGCAAAUCGAAGGGAUCGACGCCGAUUUCUUACAUCGAGACUAGCGCGAAGGAGGCCGUGAAGGUAGAGGGGGCGUUUCUCGAGGUGGUGCAGAUGGCACUCAUCAACAGUGCACAGCAGCCGCCAGAGAUCUACGUGCCCGAGCCGAUAACGCUCAGUCAGGCGCAAACGCCAUAUCAAAGUCAGAGUUCCGUAGAUUCCAUGUGCUGCUGAGGCGUGCGGUUCGUAGCCCGGUCGUGUCUAUUCCUUCCUCUCGCGGGAGACGGGUCAUGUAGUUGUGGAACAUUCUUGUGAACCGGUCCGUUUGUCCUUUGCGAAGAGAACCGCGUGGCGGCGGCAGCAGCUACCGGGGCGAUGACCGUAAAGUGGGCCUCGGCGCUAGGGUAGUAGGGGGCACCGCGUCUGUGUGUACUUUGUAGUUCGUCGUGUGGGUGUUUGUUAAUGACGACGUCAUUCCAGCGCUCCCACGCGCUGUAUCGGACGCUUGCCAGUAUUCUGGGAUGGUGAUGGAACAAGCGCAAGCCUACCGAUUAAUUUCGACGAACUCGGUGUGGUUGGUGGUCGUAUCUCAAUGCUUCUGAAAACAGCAGUUGCUCCGAGCGAUAUUUUUGUGUUGGUGAAGAAUCACCUACUGCUCUGUCUGCCUUACUGCAUGUCCGGAGUACCAUGCGCAGCCUUGAGUCUCGGUCCACCCGAGCUUGGCCAUAACUUUCUAGUGAAGCAUCAAAAGCAUUACCUCUCUCCCGGGCGAAGAAGACGAUUGGUAUCAAAAUGACGUGAAUAUGCGACGUUCGGGACUGGUGGCGCCAGCUCUCUGCCGAGAACGUUUGGUGGACAUUUCCGUCGUCAAGUGUCGAGGGCUUUCAUAUCGGUGUUGUGUCAACAGAUCCGGGUGUGUCUGGCGGCCUUCUAAGAUGACUACCGUCGAGGCAUCCGAGCGUGUUAUAGCUGCCGUUCGUGCGUCUUAUAUGCCCGUCACAGUCUAUUUGGAAGUGAGAGAAGACAAUGCUGUGGCAACAUGGAGUGCCAGCCGCCUGGGGCAUGCCGGGCGUUCUUCGACGCACGUUUCUCAGCUACAAUACCUGCGUCAAUUGGAGGACCAGUACGGCCAUUAGAAGGUUCAACUGACUGAGCGGAGACCGGGAAAAUUUUUUAAUGUGAAGACUACAACAACAAC